AUGCAGUUGGACAACUUCAACCACGGGAACAUCCACUCUUCUCAGGGUCAUCGUGGGAUGGCCAACAACAAGCCCAAUGUCAUCCUUCAGAUAGGGAAGUGCAGGGCUGAGAUGUUAGACCAUGUUAGGAGAACCCAUCGACACCUCCUAACUGAGGUGUCCAAACAGGUGGAGCGGGAGCUGAAAGGCCUGCAGAAAUCGGUGGGGAAACUUGAGAACAAUCUUGAGGACCAUGUCCCCUCAGCUGCUGAGAACCAGAGAUGGAAGAAAUCCAUUAAGGCCUGUCUGGCUAGAUGUCAGGAGACCAUUGCCCAUCUGGAGAGGUGGGUCAAGAGGGAGAUCAAUGUCUGGAAGGAAGUCUUUUUCCGCUUGGAGAAAUGGGCUGAUCGGCUGGAAUCUGGUGGGGGGAAGUACUGCCAUGCCGAUAGCCCUAGACAAACUGUCUCUGUAGGAGUAGGAGGCCCAGAAAUCCGACCUGGCAAAGAGGAAAUUUAUGAUUAUGCAUUAGACAUGAGUCAGAUGUAUGCCCUGACUCCUCCUCCUUUAGGGGAAGUCCCUAGUGUGCCUCAGCCCCAUGACUCCUAUCAGUGGGUCACUGUGCCAGAAGAUACCCCACCCUCCCCCGUAGAGACCCAGAUUUUUGAGGAUCCCAGGGAAUUCCUGACACAUCUGGAGGAUUAUCUGAAGCAGGUGGGUGGGACUGAGGAGUAUUGGCUCUCUCAGAUCCAGAACCACAUGAACGGUCCUGCCAAAAAGUGGUGGGAAUACAAGCAGGAUUCUGUCAAGAACUGGCUGGAGUUUAAGAAAGAGUUCCUUCAAUACAGCGAGGGUACUCUGACAAGGGACGCCAUCAAACAGGAGCUGGACCUCCCCCAGAAGAAUGGGGAGCCACUUGACCAGUUCCUCUGGCGCAAAAGGGACUUAUACCAGACUCUCUAUGUAGAUGCUGAUGAAGAGGAGGUCAUCCAGUAUGUCGUAGGGACCCUCCAGCCCAAACUCAAGCGUUUUCUUAGCCACCCCUACCCCAAAACCUUAGAGCAACUGAUCCAAAGGGGCAAGGAAGUUGAGGGCAACUUAGACCAUUCUGAGGAGCCCAGUCCCCAGAGAUCCCCCAAACACCAGCUAGGAGGAUCAGUGGAAAGUUUGCCUCCUUCCUCCACUGCUAGCCCAGCUGCUAGUGAUGAAACUCAUCCAGAAGUUUCUGCCCCACCAGCCACAGUGAUCUGA